ACCGCACUGGCACUGUGUGGAUGUAUCUGUUGUCACUCGUCUGCACGCACUCAUUUAAUUCCGCCUCGCGUAGGACAUUUUCGCCUCUCGUGAUUACUUCGCAAAGAAUUCUCUCGUCCGGUUUUUUCGCGAUGCUGUGCCCACGUUGUUUCCGUUAGAAAAAAGAAUAACAACUACACGAACGCCGAAAAAGGUUAUGUCGGGCAUUAAGAAUGACGGCAGUGGCGCUGCGGACAUCGCGACACGAAUAUAAUUAAAAUCAAUGUAACGGUGCAGUAUUUCGAGUCGGGCUUUUCUUGGUUGCGUUUUUUCGAUUUCUGAACGAAGAAUGUCGAACGGAUUGAUCAUGCUGAACAAUGACAAGAACAGCAACGAGACAAAUUGCAACACGACCGCGGUUAAUGCUGCAUAUCCUGCCGAGGGAAUUGUGCAAGAGGGACACUUGACAGGGAUGGAACAACCAAACAUCUCGAGAUCUGUGCUGAAGAGAGCUGCUGAUACAGAACCCGAAGGUGCGUCCAAUCCAAAGAAAAGGCACAAGAAUCCACAGCCGAAGAACGCUGUAUGUGCGCUAAACGAGUUGAAAACCGGAGCGGUGUACAAAGUUGUAGACCAGACUGGCCCGAUCCAUGCUCCGAUAUUCACGAUAGCUGUCCAGAUAGAUGGGCAAACAUACGAGGGGAAAGGUCGUACCAAAAAGAUGGCUAAACACGCGGCCGCCGAGCUUGCCCUGAGGAAUAUCAUUCAGUUUAGAAACACUCCGGAAGUUCAUCAAGCGAUUAACACUUGCCAGCCCGUGAUGCCCAUCGAGCCAGAUUUUACGAGCGAUGUCACCGAACGAGACAACCACCUAGUGAACGCUUUCAAGACCUUGACCCAAGAACCGAGGAGCACGAACAAGUUUUUAGAGAAAGGUCCUGUAGCGCUCAUCAACGAAUUAUAUCCUGGGGUGGUGUACAAAUGCGUAUCCGACAACGGCGAGAGUUACGCAAAAUUCACGAUAUCGGUGACCAUCGACGGUGAGACGUUCGAGGGAACUGGACCGAGUAAAAAGUUGGCUAAAGCCGCGGCAAGUAAAGCGGCGCUGGCUAAAUUGAGGAACGUUCACAGUUCCUCGUUCUGCAUACCACUUCCAGUUCGCGUGUUGCCUAACUUCGCCAAUUCCGGUCAUUGGCAGGAACAGAUGUCGUUACCUCAGAUGCUAGCCGACAAAAUCGGGAAGAUGGUGAACCAGAAAUUUAGCGAACUAAUUCAAUCGAAACCGCAGCAUGCCCGUCGCAAGGUCUUAGCAGGCAUUGUGCAGACCACCGGUUCGGACGCCGAGCUGAUAUGCGUAACGACAGGUACCAAGUGCGUGUCGGGAGAGCAUCUGAGCGUCAGCGGCGGUGCUCUGAACGACUGUCACGCCGAGGUGGUAGCGAGGCGAUGCCUGUGCGAGUAUUUGUACCAGCAAUUGGAACUUCAUACGGAGAGUCGCGGCGAGGAAUCUAUUCUAGAGCGUGCGAAUCCCAAGGGAUUUAAACUAAAACCGGGCAUCCAGUUUCAUUUGUAUAUAAACACCGCUCCGUGUGGCGAUGCCCGAAUCUUCUCGCCUCACGAAGAAAACGAAUCGGUGGACAAACAUCCUAAUAGGAGAGCAAGAGGGCAACUGCGAACCAAGAUAGAAUCUGGAGAAGGAACCAUUCCUGUGAAAAGCAGCGAAGGAAUCCAAACAUGGGAUGGUGUACUUAUGGGCCAAAGACUGCUGACGAUGUCGUGUUCGGACAAAAUAGCUCGGUGGAACGUACUUGGUGUGCAAGGUGCACUUCUAAGCCACUUCAUCGAGCCAAUUUACUUCCACAGCAUCGUUUUAGGCAGUCUAUUGAACCCAAGCCACAUGUACAGAGCGGUUUGCGGGCGCAUCGAGAAUACGAUUCAAGGUUUACCGCCACCGUAUAGACUCAACAAGCCGUUGAUGAGUCUCAUCACGUCAUCCGAAGUUAGACAGCCCGGGAAAGCACCUAAUUAUAGCGUUAAUUGGACAAUCGGACAAGCCGAGGCUGAGGUGAUAAACUGUACCACUGGUAAGGACGAAUUGGGGAAGCCGUCUCGAAUAUCGAAGCAAGGGCUCUUCAGGAGAUUUCACUUUUUACUAAGUAAACUCGAAACGAUAGAGGAUGCUGAUAAAGUUAAGUGUCGGCAUUAUUUAGAAGCGAAGUCCUCUGUACAGAAUUACUCGCUUGCCAAGCAUCAGUUGAAGGAGGCUUUUGUAAAGGCACAUCUUGGUAGUUGGGUUAAGAAACCGAUCGAACAAGAUAUGUUCGAGGUUGACAUUCGUAUCUGACUAAAUGAAGGUAACGAUAAUAAUCUACCAACAGAUCAGACAGAUUUUCGGUUGACAGAUUAUGUAGUUCCUACUCUAAACUAGACCGCUCGUACAGCGUGUUAUGAUAUGGCAGAAUGCGGCAUCAGUAAAGCAUAAAUCGUAGGAUCUCGUAUGCAUCGGUCCUUGUCGGACUCUUGUGGUAACAUACGUCGUGUUCAGAAUAAAAAAUUAAUAAAGGCCCAUAGCUGGCUAAUUUCUUGUCUUCGAGCCGUCGAAGUUUUCACGAUUCGAUAGUUGCUCAGUUUAAAUAUAGGGUUAUCGUAACUUUCGAUACUUCGAAUUUUAAUCUUAAUCUCUAGUCAAUUUCGACAGUUUUAUAUACUGGUAGACGGAUUAAGAAAGGAUAAGACAAGGUAAAAUGAUUUUCCUUUCGCGACACAGGUAGAAGUACCUGUAUUCGUUCUCUUCUAACGAUUGGAAUCAUUGAAUUAUUACAGUGUAACACAUAUCUGUGAAUCACUGACCGAAAUUCUUGUAACAAGUAUUUGUAACAUAAAUAUUUCAACUCACUUAGUUAAACUCAGAGAUAGUAAAGAGUCCAAAGAAAUGCAUGUCGAGAUCUCUAGUCGUGCCUGCAGUAUUUUUUCUUAGGCUUUAGUGGUAACAGUGAACACGUAUCACGUUACAUCCCCGAAGGCUGUGACCGAGUAUAGGGUUCGUCAUUCAAAUUUGUUGCGGAAAUUCAACGACGUGGAACAGGAAUCGAUUCCUUGUCGACGUGACAAAUAGAUCGUUGUCAUUGUCAUUUACAUUUUUCGUUAUUUUCAUUUUCAACCGUCGACAAUGAAUCGGCCCUCAACAGUUCGAUGCUAUCAUUAUUGAUUUUUAUAGACUUCAAUUUUGUUUAGAAUCGAUAGAGGAAACAUGUAUGAAAUCAGCGUGAGAGUAUGAAUGAAUCUGGAGUCAAUAGGUGAGUGUAGAAAUAUAUGUUAAUUAUUAAGUAGUUUAGAGAAUCCUAAGAUCAUUGCCUCACUGUGCCAGUAUUAAACAGUUCAUGCGAUUCUGCCGUAAUGACACACUGCCCGGUGUCGGUCCAGUUUUGCGUGAGAAACUUGAUACAUGUACAAACUGUUUUGAGUAUUAAGUACAACAGUCAUUAUUUUCUAUAGUCAUAAUUCUUUGACGAUGUCAUUGAAAUCUAUUUAAUUACAAGAAUUUUAGAGAAAUCGAUAUUUUAUUUUUUUUACUUUGUUUAUGCAUUUAACAAUGUAAAGAUCAUUAGAUCCCGGUGUAGUAUCAAAAUAAGUUACGAGUGAAUCGUUUGUACCGUAUAUGAUUUUACUAUCUUUUUUUCUGUCAUUUAUAUUUCUUAACACAAUCAUCCAAAGGAUGUGUAGACAUUUGUGCCAAUAAUAGAACGGAAUCCAGUGCAACGAUUUGUAUAACAAAGUGACGUACGUUUAUUUUCUGUACAUCGUUUUCCGUAAAUUCAGAUAUAUCCAGUAUUUUCGUUGAUUUCUGGUGCCGUUGACUAUUUAUUUAUUGGCGUUCUGGUUAACGAACGAAUUUUACGAAUACCGAUAAUCGCAUUUUGCUGCUUGCUUCUUGCCUUUUGCAUACUACUUAUAUUACACAAAUACAAAUACGAACAUGCAUUCAAGUUAAAUAUAAUAUUUACCGAGUUUUUGCUUGUGACAAGCAAAAAUGAAUAACAUUCCACCCGGAUGAUAAUACUCCCCGUAUCUCGGUUGAGACCACGUUGUUUCCCCAUGUUGUGAAAUCGUUUUACGUGAAACACCGAGAGGGAAAAGUAAGUGAGAGAGUGAGAGUGAGAGGUAGAACGAGAGCAGAAAUGCCCGAUGUAUAAUUAGUUUAAACAAUCUGAAAAUAAAUAGAGACACGUUUCUUCACAUCACACUAAUAGUAUCGCGUACAAAGUAAAAUUGGUAAUUUUACAUUAAUAGGAUACAGACAUUUUUAUUAACGUAGAAAAUAAUGGGACGCGUAUUCAGUUUCACUUGAAUCUUCCGUGAAUCUUCUUCUCGCAUCACUGCGUGCACACUCUUUAUACACGUUAACUACUUACACGUACAUAUAUUAAAUACACACGGAUCAAUGUACUGAUAGAAACUGAGAGAUUGAUAGAAUGAGAGAGUCGAACACCACGUAGUGGUUCAGUGAUCAAAACUUGGAGUGAGCAUUAAUACUUAAGUAUAAUCAAUGAAUUAUCGCUAGUUUUAGUCGAUCUUCGACACAAUUUCUCCGAUUUUCCUCCGAAUAACUUUGGAGGAAUAAAAAAAAAAUCAUAGUUCUAGAUACAUCGAGCAUAAAUACGAACUUCGGUAGUCAGCUAGAAUUUAAGCUUGACUAGAGUGCCUCUAGUUAUAACUUUGUCCAAGAACUAAGUAAUAUUGACAUAGGCAAGAGAAUAUCGAAUAAACCUUUAUUUACCAAG